AUGAGGUCAUCUGUACUUAUUUUGCUGGGCUUUUCCUUUUACUUUUGGUUAGUAAACUGCAAUUAUACAAGUGUAAAUAUUCGUGCUGAGAAUAUACUGUUAUAUAUUCUGGGACAGUUUCAAUCACUUGGCUAUGUGAAUAUAGAAAAGAAGCACUUAACAGACGCUAUUUGGAAGAUCUUAGGAGGAGAUUUGAACCACUUUAAUACACAUUGUGUAAAAGCUCUUUUGGAAACAAAAAAAGGUCCUGAUGAUAUUUGGACUAAUGAAGAUGGACUUUCUGAAUCCCCUGAGCAGAUUCUAUAUCAUAUUAUUUUUAUUUGUAAGGAGCUUGAGGAUUGGAAACGCAUGUGUACUUCAGAUGACAAUUUUUCUCUGGUAGAUUUGAUUAAUAGUGAUAUUCAUUAUGCAGUAAUGAUAAUUGGAGAAGAUAAGGGUAUAUCUUCGAAUUUACCACUGGAAUACUUCUGUGAAGUUGCAGCUCGAUUAAGCAAGGAACCCCUGUAUUCUUAUAAUAGUUUCUGUGUAAAUUUAUUACUAAAAUUGCACUUUCCAGGUAAAUCUGGAGAGAAUAUACUAUUAGAUUUAAGUGAGAUUAUUUCUAUCUGUUCAGCUACAAAUUUAUGGUCUGAAAUUUGUUUCUCAGAACACUCAGAUUUCAUUCAAUCACUCCCUGAAGAGCUACAAUUGUUUGUUUCUGCAAUAUAUACUCAAAUAAAGAAUAGUGAGGAGUCAUUUUCACAGAGCAGCCAAGAAGCUGAAGAUUACCAAAAUGUAAAACCUGUUGACUUCUGUGAAAUUGCAGUACGGAUGAAUAACAAGGUCAAUAUUGGUUCUUAUUUCAAUACUUUAUGCAUGAUUGAACUGACUACUCCAUUGAAAUUAUCUGGUUCAAAAUUACAUUGGAAUCCAACUCCUCAACAGGUUAUCAACCUCUGUAUAAAUAAUCCCCUAUGGGAAUCUUGCCCUUCAUUGGGCUAUGAUGAACCUCCAUCUUUAAUAAAUAUUGAAACACCAUCCUCAUCAAAAAUAGUAAUUUCAACAGUUGAUACGCGAAGUCUCCUCUCUUCUGCCAUAUUAAAAACAGUACACACGCUUCCACUAACACAUUUUAGCUCAAAUUUUUAUCAAUAUGCAAAUAUAAAAGAUAUAUGUCACAUUUCAGAGAAAAUUCAAUUAGAAUCCCAUGAUGCUUCGAAGGGAACAAUUCCUUCAGACAUAUCACCCUUAACAAUGGGUCACUAUUUCAAUGCUAUUUGCUGGAGAAAAUUAUCAACUUAUCCUCUUGUUCUAAAGACAAAAGUAGGUGUAAUUGUUCAGCCUCUAAAAUCUUCUGAAUCUAUCUUUGUGUGUAAUAGUGCAGUUUCAUUUUGGUAUCCAUAUUGCGACUUUGAGGAUAUAAAUAAGGGUCAACAUUUCAUUUCUGAGGUAGAAGUUUUGGCUCAGGAAUUGCAAAUUAAGUCACAAGAUUUUUAUAAAUUACCUCAUGGUUCUUUCUGCAAUAUAGCAAGACAAACUAUAACCACAUUAGAUAGUUUUGGAGGGCUUGAUGGUCAUAUGGAGAUGGAUGAAAAUGAUAGUCUCUCCUGGAUACUACAUAAUAUCCCAAGCACAUCCUCAAAUUAUGGAGUAUAUGCUAGUAAAGUAUCUAAUGCACUUUUUAAUAGAGAGUGUGUGAGAGAAUUAAUUGGAAAUAGGCUUCAGAGGGAAGAAAUACCCCUAAAUAUUGCUAUUGAGAUUUGUGGGAGCUCAUUACGUUGGAAACAGUGCUACGAUAAAGGAAUAUUUUCAAAACUUGUAACAGAAUUUGUUGCAUCUGAAUUCUACUAUGCUGCCCUUGCGGAGGAAAUAUACCCUAAACUUAACUGGAAUCACUUUUGCUUAGCUGCUCAUGAAAUCGUUCCAGAAGCAUAUAGUACUCUCAAUAUUAUCCCAAAUUUCCCCUAUUUUAACCAUAAAUGCGUUGAAAAGUUUAUGGAUAUCCAAAACAAUCGCCUUGAUUUACUUUACGAAACUCUUAAAGAAUCAGAACAGUCUCAGAUUAAUAAUAGUCCAAACCUAAUAAAAAUGUGUGUUCAUAGUUACUUUUGGCGUAAGAUAUGUAAUAGUGACAACUUUCAUGUUGACUUACUCGCAAAUAGUUUACUUUAUGGAUCGCAUCAAUAUGAACAUAUGCAAGGUCUCUCAGAAUCUAUCUUUUGCAAAGCUGCCUACAAGUUAUCUUCCUCAAAUCCACUACAUUUUACGGGGGAAUGCAUGAAGGUAUUAAUGGAUAUUGGUAGUAUGAUUUCUACAGAAGUAGCAGAAAGUGCCUGUAGUGCCUCUCACCGAAAUUUAGUUUGUCUAGGAUAUUCAACCGAAUAUACUAGCAUAGCGCAAAAUCUAUUUUCGGCUAUCUUGCAAUUCAAGAAAGUUGAAAGUUUGGCACCAUUUUCGGAAUUUUGUAAGGUUGCAUAUGCAAUUUCAACUGACUUGGAACUUAAAGAGUCAACUGCAUACUUUCCAGCUAUUUGUGCUAAAUAUCUUAAAAGUAGAAAAUUUAUAUCCUCUUUGAUUGAAGCAUCCAUAGCAUGUAACCGGAUAUUAACUUUUGAAACAACAUGUGCGGAUCAUUAUGUCGUUGAACUAUUGGCUUCAGAGUUUUUUAAGCAAAGCCGAAAUAUAGAGUCUUUGAAAAGGUGGGAAUAUCAGUAUUUUUGCCCUGUUGCUCGAAAGCUUUGGAGUAUGUUUACAGAAAAAGAGGUAUAUUUAAAAAGAUUUAAUUCUUUUUGUGUAUCUACGGUCAGAGCAGUUAUUGCAUCCCCAACACACAAAAUACGUAUUGAUGAUGCCAUUGAUCUUUGUAAUGGAUCUAUAGGAUUUCAAAUAAUCUGUCCCAAGAUCAACAACCCAGAUAUACAACACAUGGCAUCAGAUCUCUUAAUUGGAGUCUCUUCUGUAAUGAACUUGGAUUUUGAAGAUUCCGAAAGUAAAGAACAAAUAUGUGUUAUUACUAAUAAUAUACAUAGAAAUUCAAUAAGUUAUAUACCAAUUGCUAGAGAUGAUAUUAGACAGUAUGUAAAAUAUCCUUAUUUCUUGAACGCUUGUGUUGAAGAACUUUUAUAUGGAGAUAUUUAUGAUAAUGAUUCUAAACUUAAAAUUAGUGCAGAGAAAGCAGCUUCUAUAUGUCUAUACUAUACAAGGGUAUCUACAAUAUGUAAAGAACAUAAUCCUUUAAUAUCUACCCUAGCAGUUGGUCUACACUCUGAAAUAUCCUUGAUUCCAGAGUACUCAACAAUUAAGGCUGAGGACUUAUGUAACUACGCAGCUUUCCUUUUUCCCCACAAUACAUUAACUUAUUUGGAUGUAUGUAAGAAUUCACUUAAUAAAAUACAUGAAUGGAUUCCUGCAAUAAAACCUAGAAAGCAUCAAAUAACUCAAUACAAAAAAGUAAAAAUAUGUUCUAAACCAUAUAUAUGGCCUAAAUGUAUUUCGAAGCUGGAAUUAUUAAGGGUUAUACGUAAUAUGCAAUUAGAAAAGAUUGCCAUAAAAUUUCAAAGUGUGCUAUCUGAUAAUAACAUUGACUUCUGGAACUUUAAUAAAUACUGUGACAUGGCUGAACAAAUAGUUAAAUUUGGUUCAGCUAACAACUUCUUAAAUUGUAAAGAACAAUUAGAAAAGUUACAAGUAGUGGAUACUAUUUUACCUAAAAAUAGGACAACAAAUGAAGAAAAACCUCAAUUAAUUUAUUUCAAUAUAAGUAGUAAUUUAAUAACAAAGAUGUGUCUAUCACAUCAUCUUAACUCUUUUUGUUCAAACUCAUAUGAUCCCGAAUUGGCUAUUUAUUUAGCGAAUAGCUUCUAUUCUACUUCCCUUAAGUACUUAAAUGUUCCAAGUAUGAAAAUUUCAGAUUUUUGCUUACCAUCAGAAUUGAUUAUUCGUAAAGAUACAAUCUUGGAUAUGAUGCGUGUGUGCCCAUAUGCAUAUAUGCAAGUAUCGAAUUUGGAACACUGGCCUUCUAUAUUGUUGACUCCUGAAUUAGCUGUCACAGUAUGUAGUGAGAUACAGUUAUGGAACUUUGAGUGUUUAUCCAAAAAUCUAGAUACAGGGAUAACUGCAGAUCUUUCAGAUGCAUUAAAAAAUAUUGCUAUUGAGAUUUUUUUCAUUCGUCAUAAAUAUUGUAAACUAGUAACUCCUGAAUGGAAUUGUAAUUUAGCUACAAUAUUUAUUUUAUUAGGUGUAAAGAACAAAUUUUUUUCGAAAUAUUGUCCUCGUCUUAUUUUUUAUGAUUUAGUAAAUUGUGGAGACUAUCCUGAUAAAAGUAGUUAUAUAUAUGAAGCGAAGAGUAGUCAAUAUGAAUUUAUAUAUAAGUUAACUAAUCGAAAAUAUAAGGAGUCUUCUAGAAAUAAGGAAGUUGAGGUAUUAAUAAGGAGAAGUAAUGAGAUAUGUGCUGAAAUUCAAGAGAAGCUUAAGGUAUUAUAUAUUAAAAGCCAUAAUGGUGGUAAAAAAAUUACAUUUAAAAACAGAUUUAUAUCAAAUUACAUGUAUUAUAAAGAUACGAUACUACGUAAUUUUGUGGAUCCAAUAGUUCCAUCCUCUUCAAGAAAAGGUAUAGGAGAUAAAGCUUAUCUAAAAAUACUUAAAGAAAGGGAAGAUCGAAUCAAUUUAAAAAAAAAACUCAAGAUUAUUACUAAAGCAAAAGGCUUUAUUGAACUAGAUGAUCAUUUGCUUGAAUCCUAUCAACCAAAGUCUGUGGAUGAGAAGCUUGUUAAGAAAUACUAUGCAAACUAUCCAGAAGAUUCAUUAGAUUCACCAUUAAGUGGACCACUUAUAUAUGAAGCUCCACAAUUAGAUUGGCAAUUACUUGAAAAGUCCAUUAAAAGAGUAUCAUAUAAUUUAUUAGGCUUCGAAUUUAAUGUAUCUGACCCUAAAAGUGGGGGAUUAGCUGAAUUGAUUUACCAGUGGGGAUAUCUGCCACAAGGCACAAUUCAAGGUGCUCAAUACAUUUACAGAGUAGCUAGAUACAUAAACAAAUUUAUGAUAAAUUCCAAAACUGCUUAUAUAUUAUGGAAAGAUAUUUUAAUAGAUAUGAACCACUCAAUUAUUCCAAAAUGGCGAGAUAUUUGGGAUGAGGAAGUUAAACAAUUGAAACCUGCUGAUAACCACCCAAUACCAUCAUGCGACUCAGUUAGUUCAAGUAACAUUCUCAAACAAUUAGGAAUGAAUAACAAGAAGAUCAGCAUACAAGAUUCAUCAAGGAUUGAUAUUUUUGCAGCUCAGUUAACUGAAGCUGCCCAUGAAUUAAAAAUUUCAGAUGUUCAGUUUAAAGACUCGUGUCUAGUAGGUUUAAUUCUGUUUCAUAUGAUGCAGUAUUCAAGAACUUCUUCGUUUAAUUACCAAUGUGUUAAGUGGGUAAAAGAAAUAGGAUACUUAAACUCCAAAGGAAAUAAUCUUGAUAGAAAUCUCACAAGUACUUCAACAUCCCUAGUAUAUCAUUUAACAAAGGGAGUGAGAAUUGGUAUCCCAACAGAAAUUGCUCGUAAGAUGUGUUCAAGUACAAGCCGUUGGAUGAGCUGUAAAGUGGAUAUUCCCAUAGAUGAAAAAUUAAAAAUAGAUAUGCUAGCAACGGAAUUGCUGAAACUAUCAAGAAUACAAGGGCUCGAAUUUAGGGAUAUGUGUGAAGUGGCUAUUCCAGUUGCGAAUGCACCAGAUUUUAAUGAUCGUUGCCCAAUCUUACUAAAAUCAGUACUAGCAGAUUAUAAAAGGGCUGUUCAUAUUUGUAAAUCAACUAGUUUUUGGAAAAGCUGUCCUCAAUCAAGAAAUAUUAGUGAUUUAAAGUUAAGGGAGCAUUUGGAUAACUUGUCAUUAGAAUUGACUCUUGGCUUGCAAGAAGUAUAUCCGGAUAUAUUCAGCUUUGAUGAAGUAUGUGAAUUAAGUGAAAAAUUUGUAGCGUCAGAAUACUUUAAGCAGGAUUGCGUUAAAUAUGUCAAAGAAUUUAUCUUCAUUAACCGAAUUUCAAAACCUACUCUAGGUGUUUACAUUGGAGAUAGAUCAGCUGGACAAAUACAUAUGACUGCAGUUGCAAUUGCUCUAUGCUGUGAUACUCUCAGAUGGCAACAGGUAACUUGUGAAGUUGAUGAAGAGAAUAAACAUCUAUCAUUAAUUGAGAGACAAUGGGCAGAUGUUGUUUCAGAAGAAAUAUAUAGGGAGUUAUAUGAAAGAAGAAAAAAAAACCCAAUUAUAGGACUAUACUUCAAAGAUAAAAAGAGAGAUGAAUUACUAAGUAAAUACAUGGAAGCUAGUAAAUAUGAACGUCCAGAGUUCUCAUUUAUUAAGCUACCAUCUCCAAUAAUAUAUCAAGAUGUAUGUAAACAAGUUUUUGGAAUUACGAAAACAAAAUACUUUAAUAUAGAUUGUAUUAGAAUAGUUGGUGAUAUAUUUCAGGUAAAAUUGUCGGAACUGAAAGAUCAAUUAUCUAUUCCAAGUAAUGGAGAACCUUUAAGUCCUCUUAAUACCAAUUUACUUCCAGGAAUACCAGAUAUAAAUACUAUUGAAAGUAUAUGUAGGGGGAAUCAGUUUUGGGAAUCAUGUUUUAACCCAAAUAAUCCAAUUGAAUUAAUUGAACAAACUGAUAUCACAAAAGAUAUUAUGAAGGUUACAGAUAUUGUAGCAAAUGACUUAGUGGUAUCAAUACUCCAGUUAAGUAGUCAUGAGGUUCCUAUUAUUGACACAGGAGAUCUGGACUACACAUCUUCUACAAGUUAUUCAAUUCAUAAAAUUGCUAUGGAUACAUUAAGAUCUCUAAGGUAUACUGAUCUAUGUAAUUUAUCUCUCUUGUAUGCCCGAAAUAUACUUAGAUAUAUGUCAAUGAAAGCACUUGUUGAAUAUAAACUCUAUAUUGAAAGUACUCUUGCAAAAAAUUUUGCAGAGUUAAUACUGAAAAAGAUGUUUCCAAACAGAAGAAAAGAAGUUGAUAUGGGGAUGGAUAUAUAUGAAGGCUCAUUACAAGAGAUGAAUGAUCUCAUUUCUUUUGAUCGUUACAUGUCACGUCGUGUGGAACAGCUCCCAAAGGUUACACCUUUUAUAUUUACUGAAUCUUAUGAUUAUAUAUAUUAUUUAGAUAAUAUAGAAGAGGUUUCAUUUAGAUAUAAUAUAUCUAACCUUAUAUCUAAAUGUAAAGAUGAUUCUAAGGAGAUCUACCACAAGUCGGAUUACUGCACAAUUUAUGAAUCCGACUAUCUAUAUAUUUAUCCUUCUAAAGGACUGAAGUUAUCGUCAAUUACUCCUAUAUCUCCUUCUUAUAAAGAAAAUUUUGAAUCUAAUUGUGAAAAAUCUGACUUGAAUAUUAAGGUUGGUUCUAAUAUUAUGAAUAAAAUAACUGAUUUUCAACUACUUAACCCAAAAAAAUUUCAUAAAGCUAUAAAAUUUAAAAUAACUAGAGAUAUCUUUGCUGAUAGUGGAAAUUUAAAAAAUAAACAGCUGGUUAAGUCAUGGAUAAAGGAAGUUGAGAGAGAAUUUUAUUAUAAACAGGGUCUAACAAUAGCUACAGAAGAAUGGAUGGAGAGAGAAGAAUUCGAAGCCCAAAGAAAAAAAGUAAGUGAUUUAAAAGACUAUCAAGAAUCGAGUGAUGUUCAAGAUGAUGAAAUUCAAAGUUAUACAAGUAGUGAACCAAUUAAAUUUGAAAUACCUAAUAAGGAAAAACGUAUCCCCAGUUUAUUUACAGUACUAUUUAGUCAAAAGGCCAGAAAAGAAAGGAAAGAAGCAAUUAUGUUUAAUAAAGGUCUAUAUAGGGCAAGAUUACAUUAUUUCUUACAGAAGAAGAGGAUUUUGGAGAGGAAGAAAUUGCGUGAUGAAGCUGAGAAGUCUAAAAAGAUGAUUAUAGAUUUUAAAAAUAACAAUAUUACUCCGAAAGGACCUCUAGUAAAUAGAUAUGUAGAUAUAACAUCUCUCUAUUCUAUUCAGGAAAGAAGUGCUGCAACUGCUAUAUCACAUCUGAUAUGUUACAACCAAAUAGCUUCUGAUAUGCUGGAAAGUUUAGAUAUCCCUAAUUAG